GUAUCCACCAUGUGCGUGCCAAGCUGGGAAAGCCAGAGCACAAAGCGAUCGGAGCGGUGCAAUUUUGUUACAGCUACCAAUUUAUUUGAGUUGGGCCCAUCUGGCCUUUGCCGGUCUGACGAGUGUCGAAGUCUCAUCAGGCCCAACGCAAUAAAAGAGUCGAUAAAUCACUCACGUAUACGACCCUAGGCUCACCUUAUUCAUUUAGAUGCACAUCAAAAUAAAUAUGUAUUUAUGUAAGAACCAAUCUUACGAGGUGGUGGGAGCUGUUAUUCCCCAUAUACCUCAUUCCCAGGACCUGCUAAUCGAGUUGUGUGCAAUUUGUUUAUUCCACCUCAUCCUGUUGGUAGUGACGUCAGGGCCAGAAAGUUUUUCGCCUUCGUUACUGAAGAGGCCGCUGACGUGGCGAACGUCAUCACGAAUGUCUUGGCUUAAAGUCUAGGUUCCUUCCAGCGGGUCUCAGUUUUGCCUCGCCGUUCUCGCCGGAAAGAUUCCCCGGAAGACAAAUCCGGAUACAUUUUCGAUAUUCCGAUUUUAGAGCCCCUUGCUCAUCAGACAGUCUCCAGUUCCUUCUUACCUUACAGAGAUUCUUAUAUCGUCCAGGAUGUGGAAGCUAGCCAACAAGGCCAUGGCGCUGAGGACCUCCAAGGGAAAGGCCGAUGGCGGCGGAGGUGGCGGGGGCGAUGCCGAUGACUUCGAUGCCUGGAUGAAGUCCCGCCAGCUGCUCAAGCCCGAUGAUCAGCUGGAUCUCACUGAGGCCGAACUGGGCGAAGAGGUCACCAAGGUGCUGACGCCCACCAACACCAAUGUGAUCCGCAACCUUGUGGUCUACAGCUUCAAGGAAGGCGAGUUUGUCCUGGCACCGGUGCCGGGUAACACAGUUACAUUGAUCGCCUUUCCCGGGAACUCACUGCACGUGGACUCGGAGGAGGGUCGCCGCCAGAUAGAGGAGUCGGACGAGAUCGGCUACCCACUUCCCAUGCCAAACUACACGGUGGUGGAGCAGCGCGAACCCGAAAACGUCGAUGGUGAGGAGGGAGAGGGCGAAGAGGACGAUGAUGGAGCAAAUGCUAAGGACGCCGCCGGGGAGGAAGAGGAGGUCGAAGAGGAGGACGACGAGGAGGCCAAGGGCGCCGAGGGCGAUGAAGGCGAGGGGGAGGGAGAAGGAGAAGGUGCAGCUCGUCCUGACGACGAAGAACCCGCCCAACAAGCGGCGGCUGUUUCUUCGAAGAAACGAAAGCUGAUCAACCAGUUCAACUAUUGCGAACGGGGUGCCCUCACCUAUACAAAUCCCAAACGGAGUGUGGACACCCAGACCAUUCCUCCUCCCCGCUCUCAGUUUGGGGCAAAUGUGCUGCAGUGGGUCAUAUACGAUUCGUAUUUAGAAAACUUCGAGGAACAGCAGAAAGAUGGGACUAAAAAGGACGACCGUAAGAGGGGCAGAAGGGCCAAGAAGUUCCGGGACAAGUCCGCCAUUGCGGAGCAGCUAAACAAGAAGUAUCUCAAGUGCUGGCAGAUCCUAGAGCGCAUGAUCAACCAGAAUAUCUACGAUGACAUUGCUCAUGACUAUCGCUACUGGGAGGAUCCCGCCGACGAGUUCCGUGAGGGCGAGGGCAACCUAUUGCCCCUCUGGAAGUUCCAAUAUGAUAAGACCAAGAAGAUGAAUGUCACCGACAUUCUGUUCAAUCCUAGUUACUAUGAUCUCUUUGCCGUCUGCUUUGGAUCGCAUGACUUUAUGAAACAGACCAAUGAGGGCUACUUGUGUCUCUUCACCGUCAAAAAUCCCUCAUUUCCGGAUUACAUCAUUCAAACCGACAGCGGGGUAAUGUGUUGCGAUAUCCAUCCGACCUAUCCUUUCCUGGCGGUGAUUGGCCUGUAUGACGGCAAUGUGGCUGUGUACAAUCUCCGGGAGGACUGCAAGGAACCACUUUAUGUGUCCAAAGGAGUCAACUGCAAACAUGGAGAGUGCGUGUGGCAGAUAAGGUGGGGUCUGGACAUGACCGACGGCGAAGUAAACUUCUUCUCGGUGUCUUCCGAUGGACGGGUCUUCAACUGGAUCCUCAUGCAGAACAAGCUGUGGGUCACCACCAUUAUCACAUUGUACCGGGAGAAUGGACUUGUGGAUGGACCGGAUGGGACCAAGGUCAGCCUGAAGAGUGGAGGAUCCUGCAUGGUCUUCCAUCCCGUCGACAACAAGGUUUUUCUGGUGGGCACCGAGUGCGGCUACAUCUACAAGUGCAGCACGGCCUUUAGCUCCAAAUACCUGAUGACCUACAAUGCUCACAACAUGUCCGUCUACCGUAUUGACUUCAAUCGCUUCAACAGCAACAUCUUUGUAUCCUGUGGCGCUGACUGGCGGGUCAAGGUCUGGGAGGAUAUGCGCCCCGAUCCAUUGUUCAUCUUUGAUCUGGGUGCCGCUGUGGGCGAUGUAAAAUGGGCUCCCUACUCGAGCACCGUAUUCGCGGCGGUGACCACCGAGGGCAAAGUUCAUGUUUUCGAUUUGAAUGUGAACAAGUACAAGGCUAUCUGCAUCCAGGCUGUGGUGCCAAAACGGAAGAACAAGCUCACCAGGCUGUCCUUCAACGAGAAGCUCGCUUUUAUUGUAGUGGGCGACGAAAAGGGAGUUACCACAUCGCUGAAGCUGUCGCCCAAUCUUCGCAUGAUGGUGAAGCCGCCAAAGAAGCAGCUCUAUCUCGAUCAGAACACUCUGCAGAUUAGCAAGUUGGAGAAACUCCUGUCCCUGGUUCGGGAACUUCCCGAGGGAUCUGUUGUGCCCGAUGCAGCCACAACCGUGCGAAGCUAAAUCCAAAUAUGAAACCAGAUAACAAAAACACUAUGGUCUGAUUUUAUGUAUUAUAUUUUACACAUAUAGAUCUGCUGGUUCUAAAAGAAUCUUAUGUUAUUUUAUGUUCCUAUCAAUCUAACAAAAAUUUGCUAUCAACCAACAUAAGGAACUUAGAAGCAAUGUAAAAAAUCACAAAAUUGUAUAUAUGCUUAAAAACGAAAUAAAGGUUGAAUAAAACUGUAGUCAAAUCCGU